UGGCUGAGACAGGAUUGAAAAUUACUAGUUUCCUAAUCGAUGAGUCUGCUUAGGGCAUCUUACCUGAGCGGACAAUUUUCUAUGGCACCAGCGCAAAAGGAACUUUUGGUGUUUUCAGUACCAGCUUUGGCCAUUUACCUUCAUAUGGCCAAGUUGAAAAUGCCAAGACUGAUGUCAUCAUCAGUGAAAUGUGAAAUGGACCUUAUCUUUCGUUGUGAAGAUACUUGAAUAUCCUACCGGUGAUCCAGUGUGAUCUGGCGGUGGAAAAAAAGCAAGCUUAACUAAUCAAACUUUCUGGAAGGCCGAUGCUUCACAAAGUCCAAAGGGAGCUUUCGAUGGACCGAAUAGCACCAAGAACCAAUAGCUUCAAAGCCUGCCCAGUCCCGUUCUGCUAAAUUUCUCAUGCGGAAGUCCUUCACUUUGAAUGCUAUUAAUUAAGUCAUUGUGGAGAAGCCAUUGCUGGAAUGUACUGGUUGGUUCUCAGCAUAUACCACAGCUAAGCAAGUCUUGUGGAACUCUCAUUGUUGUGCAGAAAACAAAGGCACUUCAGAUCAUCGACCUCCUACCUUUAUUUAGACUCUGAAGGUCUUGCAUAUGUUCAAGCACCAAAGUGCCACUUUGCGCGCAUAAAUUAACUAGUCAGUGCACAAUCUAACUUUAUCCACUAAAAUUCCUUUUCAGCUUUCUGACCCUACGCAGUGGCAGGAUAUGUAGAGGAAGCAUCAUCUAGCCCCAUCCCUUCAAUAGCUUACUUGCUUAUAACCAGUGUCAGGUUUGCAUCAAGAGUUUCAACCCAUCAUUUGUUCCAUGAAUGACGCCAACCAUAAUGUUGCUUACUGUUAAAGUGAAUCCCACGUCAUGUUGCUAGUAAGCAAAUUACUUGGACACCCUUGAGUUUUGGCCAAAUUAUCCCAACACCCCACCUACUCCGAAAUACCAGCCAGAUCCUGUCAUUCAAAACUUCAAUGAAACUGUUGAUGUGCAAAUGGCCUAGGUAGUCGUCAUGUGGUGAUUAGGUUGUGGCCACAUCAGCCCUAACAAGCAAAAUAGCUGAAGAUCGCAAGGCAGCUCCUAAGAAUCUAGAUCACCGUGACCUUAGUGUCAAUUUUACGUGUACUCACUUCUGCUUUAGCAUGGGGCCAUAGGUGAGAGCAAAAAUCGAUUUCAGUACAAUUGCCAUGAUUACUUGACUCUGCCAAAGGGGCUUAGAGUGGUAUAGCUAUAGCCAGCAGAAAUAAAGAAUGUGCUGAAGUCGCAUGCGCUUCUUUUAGGUUAUGACCUUAGUGCGAAUAUACUAAGGCAGGGUGUUGAUAUAUUCAGUCUGAAAAAUGCAAUGCUAGCCUUGCUAGGCCUCGGAGUUGUCAAUGUUUUGCCGUGUAGGGGCCGAUGCAGAUAGCAUGCUGACCAUCUGAAAUCUGUGGAGCCGUCGAUGAUCAUUCUCGUAUCUUUUCAAAUCCCUGAAUGGCCGACAAUACUCAUGGGCCCAUCAGCGACUCUUUCUCUUGUUCUCUGCCAAUUCAUCUUUCGCAAAUCAAUGGCCUCGACAGCGUCCCUUGUGUUCCUGGUUUUAGCUCAUACCCUGAAUCCACCAACCCAUCUAGUGUCGUAUGCUAUCUAUCUGCUCUUCCAAUGGUAGUUGUUGAGUUAGGUUAUUUAGCACUUGCCAAAGAUGAUCUGUACCGUUCCUCAGGAGAUCUUUCAUUAGGGACUGUCAACUCCCUCGAAUAUACAAUGAGCCACAUAUGUCCCACUGUCUCCCCCACAGAUUUACUUUCCUGCCCGGCUGCCAAGGAUCAGCCCUGAGCCUGACCCUUUCUCAUUUGAAAAGCGCACCGUAUGCUCCUUCCUCCUAGGAUCAGAUGAUAAACUCCAUAUUAAAAGUUCCUAAAACUCUUUAUGACGAAUAGACUCAAGAGAAAAGUAGAGCCUCCUUUAUUUGACUUUUGGUGUCGCCGGUUGCGAUCAUGUAUUUAUCCCCAUAUGUGUCGUCUAGAGACCGAAGCACAAGCUUUUCUAGGUUGGUGACCUAUGCGCAACGCAAGGAAACUCCAUUUGCAUUCAACUCCCAACGUGUGAAAAAAGCUCAGGCCAGAGUCAGAGACGAAGACAAUCCCAAUUCCGGGCAUUGGACGCUUUGGAAAAUUGAUGAACAAAUCACCUCAAUUAGACCGACUCAGGUUCACGCAUUCUCACGUUUGACCGGCACCGCAAUGUCCUUUUCCGACAGAAGCUUCUAUUCGGUCAAGUUCUACCUCCUCUUCUUUGUCAAAACUCCCACCAAUUUUAUAUUCGCGAUCUAUGACUAUUCACGCAUGAGAACCGUGUCAUAUCAUCUUCCCCAUCGCCUCCUUUCCACUUGCCCAACCCCAAACCUUAUUUCUCUCUCCUUUCCUCUGCAUCUUCACCGAAAAAGUUCCUCCAAAAGAUGAUGCAUCCCCGUCGCCAUCCCUUUUGGGAUCUUUCCCUUUGCUUCCUGAUCGCAACCACCCUGAUCCUGAUUCGAGCUCCGACGAUGCACGCUGCAGACGAUGUGAGCUACUUGAACUGCAACUCCACCAUCCAAUGCGGCAUCCUGCAAAACGCAAGUUACCCCUUUUGGGGGUCGAACCGCCCCUCCUAUUGUGGCCUGCCCAAUUUUGAGCUGACUUGUCAGGACAACACGACUCCGCUGCUCAACAUAUCGAGCCAGAUCUUUCGGGUCCUUCAGUUCAAUGACUCCUUAAAGACUAUGACUGUUGCCCGAAAUGAUUACUGGGCUACUAUCUGCCCAGCCUCUCACACCAAUACCACCCAGGCAAUCACCAGCUCUUUCAGUUACACCUCGGACACUGUGGCCAGCAACCUGACUCUGUACUAUGGCUGUGAGGCAAGCACAAGUCAGAUAGUAUCAACGAUUAUCAAAAGCCAGUUCAACUGCACCAUCAAUAACAACAACGACACCGGUUACUUCAUAACAAAGAAAGUUAGCGAUAUCCCAUACGCUGAUCCCACGACCAUUGCGACUUACUUCGGAGGAUGCACUACGAGCGUGGUGCUGCCUGCAUACCAGUCAGCUAUUCAGGAGAUAGAGUCGAACCCGACCAGCGCGACUGUAGAGUCAGCCAUUGAUGAGGGCUUCGGCCUGCAGUGGACGGUGGACAAUCAAUGCACCCUCUGCCUCGCCUCAGGCGGGCAGUGCGGACGGGAUAAUAGUUCUGGUGAUUUCACGUGCUAUUGCAAGGAUAAGUCCUACUCUUCCACAUGCUCAGGGAGCCAAGACAAAGUGUCACUUAAAGUAGGCCUUUUUCUGGCAGGAGCUGCCAUUGCGGGACUCCUGUUGGGAUUCUGGAUAUUCUCCUAUAUACAGAAGAGGAAAGGAAAGAGAGCCGCUGCUGCAGAAGCUCAAAGCAAGAGCAUUACCCCACCUCCUUCAAGCAAAGGGCUUCCCAUUUCAUCAACUAAUUUCUCUAGAACCACUCCCUCUUAUCCAACUUCCAAAUCCGACCUUGACAGGGGAAGCACCUAUUUCGGAGUUCAGGUCUUCAACUACACUGAGCUUGAAGAGGCAACUCAAAAUUUUGAUCCUUCCAGAGAACUUGGAGAGGGUGGCUUUGGAACUGUUUAUUAUGGUCGGCUCCAGGAUGGACGUGAAGUCGCAGUUAAACGCCUGUUUGAAAACAACUUGAAAAGAGUCGAGCAGUUCAUGAAUGAAGUUGAAAUCCUGACUCGCCUGCGGCACCCGAACCUUGUGACGCUCUUUGGAUGCACCUCCAGACGAAGCCGAGAGCUCCUCUUGGUCUAUGAAUACAUUCCAAAUGGCACUAUGGCUGAUCAUCUUUUUGGAAAAAGCUCUAGCACGGGCCCAAUUCCCUGGCGCAUCCGGUUGAAUAUGGCCAUAGAAAGUGCAGAUGCUCUCGCUUACCUGCAUAAGUCAGAUGUCAUACACCGCGAUGUGAAGACAAACAAUAUCCUUCUAGACCACAGUUUCCGAGUCAAAGUGGCAGAUUUUGGUCUGUCGCGAUUGUUCCCUACUGAUGUCACCCAUGUGUCAACUGCCCCUCAGGGAACUCCAGGCUAUGUGGAUCCCGAGUACUAUCAAUGCUACCAGCUCACAGAUAAGAGCGAUGUGUAUAGCUUUGGUGUAGUUCUUUGCGAGCUUAUCUCAUCAAAACCGGCAGUUGACACAAACAGGCACCGCCACGACAUAAACUUGGCAAGUAUGGCCGUCAACAAGAUCCAAAACCAUUCAUUGCAUGAAUUGGUCGAUCCUGCUCUCGGGUACGACACAGACUACUCUGUUAAGAGGAUGACUACGCUAGUCGCUGAGCUGGCCUUCCGAUGCUUGCAGCAGGAGAGAGACAUGAGGCCUACUAUGGAAGAGGUGGCGAAGGCUUUGAAGGAGAUUGAGCAAGAGGAGAUCACUCUGCAGAAUGCAGAGGUGGUAGAUAUUCGGUCCGACGACACUGGGCUCCUAAAAAACUUCACUCCGCCUUUUUCGCCAGAAUCUGUGGUGACUGAUAAAUGGGUCAGCGACUCAGCAAUUCCUAAUUCCUUCUAGUUCAAGCCUCUGAGAUACCUUUUGCUGUACAAUUAGCUGAGUUCUGCUGUAGUCAUAUGGAAAUUAAACUGCACUCAUGAUCCAGAUGUACGUGGGUCUCCAUGAUCCUUCUUCUGUUUUUUUGAAUAUGAUAAUUUGGUCCUCCUUGAUGAUCUAGCUUAGUGAGACGCACAGGAUUCAGCUGCUACGGGCUGUGUACAUACUAAGUGGAGAUAUCAAAAGAUUAUUUAUAGAUGAAUUUUGAUGUUUUAUUUCCAUUUUUCACGUGUGUAUCUAGUACUUCUCGUGGAUUUAUUGUCUCGAACUUGCAAUGUUGGACUCA